AUGCGGCGACCGUCGCUCGACUUGACCGAGCCCGAAAGGAACCUCGAGGAAUCGAUCCGAUCGCCCACCGCCGGCACCCCAGAUCCUGUCCAUCUCUCUCUCCCACCACCUGACGAAGAAAUCGAUCUCGUCGAGGGCGACGCCGACGCCGCCAAGAUCUCGACCCCACCUCCCCAUAUCGCUGCCCGCCUCUUCUACCGCCCGACAAACCAGACGCGACGAAAAGACAGCGCCGCCUCUUCUCGCCGCAACAGCAUUUCGUCGGCCCAGUCCCGAUCGUCACAUGGUUACAGCCUCGAGGGCGGUCCCCAGAGCAAAUAUGUAGCCCAGCACCUGCGUCGAGCGUCCAUUCUCGAAGACCGAAAGGCUCGCCUCGCAGACCGCGCCGCCCAUGCCGAAAAGGUGCGCCUGCGCGCAGCCAUCGCAAAGGCUGUCACCAAGGACACGAGCGCCAGUGAAGAGAGAGCGCUUGCUGCUGCCCAGGCCCGGGAGCGCAACCUGGCCGAGAUCGCUGCCUCUUGUGCCGAGGAGGUCAAGCGCGCCAAGGCUGUCGCCGAGACCAUGAAGGAGAAGCGGGAGCAAGAGGCGAGAAAAAUGAAGUCACAAAUGGAGGAGCGGCUGGCAGAGGCUGAGAGGAGAAGGGAAGAGUUUAGAAACAGGAAUGCGGCCAAGAUUAGGGGGAGGGAGCGUGGGCAGAGCUUGGGAACGCGAAAAUCCCCUCCUGUCGAGUCCAUGCCCAACGCCGAUACCGAGACUGGUGGGAUGGAGCUCAGCGAGUCAGCCCCAUUGACCGAAGAUGCAGCAGUUUCCAAAAUUCAGUGGUGGUGGAGAGCUCUCCAGCGGCAACGAGCGGUUGCCGAGUUUUCUGCACUUGGGCUGUCGAUUGAUGCGGUUAGGGAAACAUCGUUUGACAAGGUCACUGUGUUGCUGUCUCAGGAAAAGGUACUUCUUGUUACGUCCAGAAUACUGCGAAUAUGCGGCCUCGACGAGGGGAAACAGGGGUCUGUGGAGGAGAUGGCGGCAGUACGGACUUUCUUGAGUGCGUUUCUCAUCUUGGGGCACCCAUCUCAAGUGCUCAGCAAUAAGGAAGGCCAGGCAGUCGAGGAAUCGGAUCAGGAAGGCUCGGGUCUGUCAAAGCCAAUACCCAAAGACGAGCUACCGAAUCCGCAGUCACAAGAGCUGGUCGGCAAGGCCAGAGACUUGCUUGUAUCGUUUGAGAAUAUUCUCGGACGGCUGACCUCCUUCAACAAUUAUACCCCUCCGCCGCUACUCUUUACCACCUUUCCCGAAGUCUAUGCAACGUUUUAUAAUGCCUUUAUAGCAUGGAAAGCUCGGGACUCCAGCUCACUUGUGGAAUUGAUGGUCAUGCAGUUUGUGGAGCUUGAUGCCAUUUGGGAAUCGGUCAAGGACAGCACCGACGGGUCGGUCGAUCAGGUGUACAAGAAGAGCAUUCGUGACAACCAGCUCCUCUUGUUGGUCAGGAUCAAGAAGCUGGCCGGUCCGACCCGGGGCAAGCAAAUGGUCGCGGACGCCGUCAAGGCUGCUCGGAGGGCCAAGGCAAAGAAGCCUGUUGGCGAUAUGAAGCCUCGUGUUGCCGAUCAUUCAGUGACCGAGACUGCCAUGGGCGUGCUUGGUGUGGAAGAGGACAGCCAACAAGAUGCCUCCAGUCAAAUGCCGACUCCCCCGUCAACACCCGCCAGAAAGCGCGACACAUUCAAGGUCAAUGUCAUCAUUCCCAGCCAAAAGAGUUUGCUGCCUGACAACAGGAUUGUUGUCCAUGAGCUAGCCAUCAACAAGGAGUUCCGGACCGAGCCACACGAGUAUCACGAGCAACAGGCAGGCCUACUCAACCCAAUCUUUGAGGACAUGCGAGUUACCAUGCAGACGCAAAACCAAGAGGCGCACUUUUUCUUGCUCCUCAGGGUCGCCGAGUCUAUUCGAGAGAAGCUUCAGCGGCUGGUGAAGCCGGGGAACUCAAUGCAUACCUUUAUCGGCGAGCUGCUCGACACGGAAACUGCCAAGCAGCAAUUCGCCAUGGGGAGCUUUUCGUACGAAAAGUUCUUUGAGGCGAUGGGAACAUUACUACCCAAACUCUGUGCACCUGUUCGUGAUGAAGAAGUGAAGAAGCUCACCGAGAAGCUCAGCCAAGGCAACUACGUUGACCGUCUCGAAGCCUUGAAUGGUUUCAUCGACAUCAUGCUCAGCGACUAUGCCAACUACCUACUCCAGCUUGCGGCGCCGAAACUCGUGACGCAAGCACCGGUUUACGAGGCGAAAGCAUUCGCCUCGGAUCUCGAAGCUGGACACUUUGAUCUAUCGGUGGCGCUGCAGACAUGGAAGGCUACGCAGCAAAAGCUGCUGGCUGAAGUCUUGAGGAGAGACCCAGAGGGCGUCAACCACCCUUCUUCCCGGCUGACAGCAAACCGCAUAUACGCGCAGCUCCUGGUCAAUUUGUUUACGCAGCUCUCACCUGUGGCGCUGGACGACAUGCCAGAGAUGCUUCGCCUUGACCACAAGCGCGCCGUGGAAGCAGGACGCUUGACAAGACGGAUCGUCAUCACUGGCGCCAUCCUGCUGCAGUGCAAAAACCUGCUGAAGCGCGACGUCCGAGCCCCUUGGCGUAACGAAGCCCAGAGGAUCUUUGCGGUGCUGGAGAGGAGCGAGCAGCAGGGAGAUCUGGCACUCGACGUCGCCGUGGAGGGCAUCAUGGCGGCGCUCGAGGCGGGACGGUCGAUGCCGGCGGCGACAAGGGGACAGCUCAAGGCUUUGGUCAGCAAGUUUCUGCUUGCUGGAGCGGAAGCGGCCACGCAGUCACGGCAGGAGGAGGUGAGAGAGCCAGUCCUGAGGCUGCUGCUUGGACGACUCAGAGGCCACAUUCUCGCGCGGCUGGCAGCUGUGAGCACCAGUGACAAGGUCAAAUUCACCAGCACGGCAGGGGAAAAGCUGGCAGGAUUGGGUCUGGCCGAGUUUGUGGACAAGGUGAGGGAUAUGGUGGAGAUGCUUGGAAAGGUGUCGGUUGUCGAUCGGGAGGCUCAUGGUGUGUGGUGGGAUAAGGUAGCCGAGCAGGCCGAGAGUGAGGUUUCCGGGAACUAG